AUGAACCCACUCACACGUCCUUUCAGGCCGCCUGGUCGAUCCAGUGACUCACCUAAUGGUGCCCGGGUACCAUGGCCAGGACAGGAGAGUCCCAAUGCCGGCCCUUCGUCCAUGCCCAGAGGUCCGCCAGUCAGAGGAUUCGGUAUGGUCCCACCUACGCCAGUCUCGCCCCUGGAGACAACGUCAUCUUUGUCAUUGGGAGCGACAACACCUUUCAGCCCAGUGGAAUCUCCAACCAGUAUGAGAAUUUUACAUAUUGUUAGCAGUCAGCUGAGAUCAAAAGAAAAAAGCUCUUUAUCCGCCAUACAAAGUCAAUUCAGUCUACUACGUUCCGAAUUGACCAAGAUGAUUACAGAUGUUGAGACAAGGAUACUAACUAGGGUUGACGCUGUGGAGAGGCGAUUGAACGACAUGACACAGUCCAAAGUGGAAGAGAGGGAGGAGUUACGGAGAAGUGUCACACGGAUAGAGAACGAUGUCGAAGAAAAUUUUGGGGCGUUGAGGGAUGACAUUGAUAAGUUGAUGGAAUCAGUGGAAUCGUUAGAGGAAGAUGCGACCAGAAGGGAAGAGAAGAAACCCAUAUUACACAUCAGACGGAAUAUGGUACCUGUAGAUCAGGCGAAGUCAGUGUCCGCGGUCAUACAUAGAGUAGUCGCUUUCCUGUAUAACACAGAGGAGCGACCUUUCCCUAGCAGACCAGAGGAUGACGAAGAAUGGCCGACAUUUGAAGAUUCAUCAGAGUUGGUCCUGCGGUUUGAUUUUAAUCAGCCGCCAGGACACCCUCACAAUACCCAAGCUUUCGCGGGUGUUAUGAAAUGGAUCGAUCAGAACACAGAUCAGUGGCCCGCUGAUUAUCCCGAUUGUGUCAAAGCAAAAGAGGCGCCAAAUUAUGUUUUCCGAGAUGCAUUGAAGAUAUACUUCAACAAUUUACGAAGAAAGUGGAAAAUGGGAGAUACCGAACAGGAAGACAGUCGGUUUGAAAGUGGGGAGUUUGAAGACAAUUUAUCGGAGGGCGGCGAAAGGAGAGAAGACAGGAAUAUAAGGAAUGAUGUCAGGACUCAUAUGACCGAAGAUGUGGAAGAGAUGAAUGACGAAUUCAAUGCUGGACUCACGGAGAUUGAUCCAGAAGACAUUGCCAGUUUGGCAAAUGCGAUGCUUGCCUCUUCAUCCCAACGUCCUUCAGAGCCACCUGUCAGACUCAACCCUAACCUUAUUGGGGGUCUUACCAAACAGGCACUGAGACGUCGGCGUGCUGCGGUUGCAGAGUUGGUGAAAGUCCGACGUGUACGAAUGCCACGAUACUCCAGUGGAGUAUACGAAAUAUUAGACGAGCCACACUCGCAAAUGGUGGAAUUUGGCAAGGAACCAUUAAGGGAAUGGGGGAAUGAUACCUGGAUAUCAGACAUAGUACGCAAGAUUUUGAUUGAAAUCACCUCAUUUGCCUUGCCCACCCAGUCUAAAAACGGAGACACGUCAUAUAGGGCCGGUCAGAAGGUUGGCGAUGUGUGUGUCCCUCACCCCUUGUGGCAAAGGGGUGAUCCCGCUAAACGGCUUCAGCAAUGGCAGUUCAGCUCGUCAUAUCUUGAACGAUAUCGAGAGGCACACGUGAAUGAUAUUGUGCCAACAAACGUCCCACUAGCCUUUGCUGAAGUACGAAGGAUGAAAUGGUAUCUAGAUCAUCCAGAGAGACAUACGAAAGGGACUCACGAAGAAUCAUCUAACAACUCGGCAUCCCACUCAAGUUCUUCGUCACUCAAACGAAAGCGAUCUGAAUCGGUAAACUCACAAGACCAGGAUGACCCAUUGAUUGGACUUGAAGGUCUUGAUAAUGCUCCCCCCAGACCUAUCAGUCGAAGUCGAAGCCGUUCCCCACAGAAGCGCGUAAACCCCCUUCCCGCCAUACCCGAAGAGAGUCAACAGCAUGAGGAAGACGAUUUUGGAGGUCUGUAUGAGUAA